AUGUACUCACUGUUACCAUUUAAAAGCCGCUUGUGCCUCUGGCUCGGGGAUUUUACGGGGGGAAAUCAGUACAUCGGUGCCUCUUCCUCUCGACAAAGGAAGAUGCCACCUUCGGUGGCCCGCGGGGAGUUGCGCCUCCCAGCUGAGAAGGCAGUCGAUCGGUCCCUCGGAGUGGAUGUUGCGCACCACCGGGAUUUCGGUGAUAUUUUUCGCGAGUGUGAAGCGGGAGUGGUGUGGCUUCACCACGGCGUUCACGUAGACACACUGGCCUCCUGGCAGGACCCACAAUACGGUGGAGUCUCUCCGCCUCCACGGAAGAAACGCAAGCAAUCUUCCGAGGACACUUCUGCAGCCACGGACAAUAUGCAGCAGCAGCACCAACAGCACCAGCUGCAGCAGCAGCAGCAGGCCUCUAAUGGGUCCAGUGAAGUGCAGCAGAAUGGCGUGGUUCAAACUGAUGGGUGUGAGGGAAAUAAUGCUCAGUCCCAGAAUGGUGUGCGUGAGGAGGACUCGUCCCUCAAGUUGAGUGGUGUGCAGCAGGAGAUGGUUCGGCUCAUUGGACAGCAUCUCAUUGAACUCGGGCUUAAGUUCUCACUCUGCAACCCCACCAUUCUCUCUAUUCUUCUUCACUUCACUCAAGACAACUUUGCCGGUUUCUUCCUUGGUUUGAAAGGUUUUAGCGAUGAGACGAUGAGUAGCUUAAACGUCAGUAAUACAGUCUAA